AUGAUAGAGUUAACCGGCGACGCCUGCGAAGGAAGUGGUGGUGUCCGGGAAAAUGGUUCUGAUGGAGAUGUGGUCGAUCGUGCGCAACAAGGCGGCGGAGAAGGCGAAGCACGUGCACCAGCAGCGCAGGCGCAGCGCGGCGGCGGCGGGCAGCAGGCGGCGACGGGGCGGCGGCAGGGCGGCGCGUGGCGGCGGCCUCGGCCGGCACGGCCCGCGUCGAGCGGCGGCGGCGGCGGCGGCAGCCUCGCGGGCGGCGCGGGCGCCGGCUCCGUCUCGUCAUCACGCACGCGCCCGCCUCCUCCGUGGCGCACCCACCGACCGCAGCCGCCCCGGGCCUAUAGCAUCAACCGGAUCUGGGCAUCCCGCAGGUCGCAGGCGCCCAACGGCAACCUCCAUCACCAAGCGCAAGCGGGACGACCACGCGGGCGUGCUUGUCCGAGGAUCGUGCGGCAACAAGGCGGCGGAGAAGGCGAAGCACGUGCACCAGCAGCGCAGGCGCAGCGCGGCGGCGGCGGGCAGCAGGCGGCGACGGGGCGGCGGCAGGGCGGCGCGUGGCGGCGGCCUCGGCCGGCACGGCCCGCGUCGAGCGGCGGCGGCGGCGGCGGCAGCCUCGCGGGCGGCGCGGGCGCCGGCUCCGUCUCGUCAUCACGCACGCGCCCGCCUCCUCCGUGGCGCACCCACCGACCGCAGCCGCCCCGGGCCUAUAGCAUCAACCGGAUCUGGGCAUCCCGCAGGUCGCAGGCGCCCAACGGCAACCUCCAUCACCAAGCGCAAGCGGGACGACCACGCGGGACGCGGAGAAUCCCGAGCUCUGGAAAGCGCCCGCAGAGACGGCGGAGGCGGUGGUCGAUGUGCUCAUUGAUUGGUGGCAGCUUCCCCUUCGUGGGCACCAAGUUUGCCGACUUGUCGCUCGGCGGCGCGAUGGCGCUGGCGGCGCCGGCUGCAGCGCUGGCAGCGGCGGCGGCGACGGAGGCGGUGCCGUGCGCGGUGCCGCGAGGAUGGUGA